AUGGUGUCCAAGAAGAAGCCUGAUUUUGUAUUUCUGAUGGAAACGAAGGUGCCACGAAUACAUGCCGAACGUGUUCGUGUUACGAUUGGGUACGAGGGCCUUUUUUAUGUUGAUAAUACGGGCCGUAGUGGUGGAUUAGCAUUACUUUGGAGAAAGAACAACACUGCAAGAUUACUGGGUUACUCGAAGACACACAUUGAUGUUGAGGUUAGUAUUACUGGUCUCCCGAACUGGAGAAUGACUUGUUAUUAUGGCUAUCCAGAACGAACACGAAGAACUGAGUCAUGGGACCUAUUGAAACGGUUGGCAACACAGUCUAAGCUACCUUGGGUUUUGAUAGGUGAUUUUAAUGAUCUCCUGUAUCAGUAUGAGAAGAAAGGUGGAAACCCACACCCGAAUAGACUCUUACGCGGCUUUGGAGAGACUAUUGAUCAGUGUGGUUUAGCACAGUUACCAAUGAGUGGUAACCAGUACACAUGGCAGACGGGCAGAGGCACUCCAGGAUGGAUCCAGGAAAGACUAGAUAAGGUAUUAGUCACUACCCCCUGGAGAGAUAUUGUUAAUGGGGUCACGGUUACAAAUCAAUGGACAAGACGAUCAGAUCAUUCAGCUAUUUUCAUGGGGAUUCGGUGGUAUGGAAACGGAAGGGGCGGGGGCCGGAGAUUCCGCUUUGAGAUGGCAUGGCUCUAUGAUGAGGGAUGUAGAGCAGUUGUGGCUGAAUCAUGGGAGGAGGGAAGGAGUAGGGGUGCACAGAGUUGUAUUGCGCACUGUGGAAAGCGGUUAACCCGAUGGGGGGGAGAUCGUUACCAUAAGUUUGGGGAAAAGAUUGAACAGCUCCGAAAACGACAAGAUCAACUUAAGGGAUGUAUUGAUCAAGCAUCCCUGGAUGAGUACAAUAGAUUAGAAGCGGAGUUAUGCAGAGUGGAGAUGCAGGAGGAUGCAUACUGGAAGCAGAGGGCCAAACAGCACUGGCUCAAGGAUGCUGAUGCCAACACAAAAUUUUAUCACAGGUAUGCCUCGAACCGAAGAAAUAAGAAUGCUUUAUUUAAAAUUAUGGAUAGACAUGGUCAGUGGGUGGAAGGGGAUGAUAUGACGAGUGUGGUUCUGGAUUAUUUUAAGCACAUUUUUACAACUAGUAAUCCUAUGAGCGGUGAUCUGAUUUAUAGCAAUAUUACUCCACGAGUGACUCAGGCACAGAAUGAGUUAUUAAUGCGGCCCUUUGAGGUUGGUGAGGUGAAAGAUGCUCUAUUUGAAAUGUAUCCUGAUAAGGCACCAGGGCCGGAUGGGAUGAACCCAGGUUUUUAUCAAAGUUUUUGGGAUAUUGUGGGAGGUGAUAUUUCGGUCUUUAUUAUAAACUGUCUGAAUGAAGGAUCAAUUCCGCCUGGUCUAAAUAAUACUGAUGUUGUGCUAAUCCCUAAGAAAGAUGUUCCUGAGCAGGUCUCUGAUUUGAGACCAAUUGCACUUAGCAAUGUAAUUUAUAGGAUUAUGGCCAAAAUGAUUACCCGGAGGAUGAAACCCCUAAUGGAUAGUGUUAUAUCUGAGUCCCAGAGUGCAUUUAUACCAGGCAGAUUGAUAACAGAUAAUAUUUUGAUUGCCUCAGAGGUAGGCCAUUAUUUGAACAGGAAACAGUGUGGAGCAGUUGGUUGGAGUGCCUUAAAGCUGAAUAUGGCAAAGGCCUAUGACCGGAUGGAGUGGCCGUUCUUGAAAGGUAUGAUGGGGGCCCUGGGAUUUAAUGAUAAGUGGAUUGAUCUUAUUAUGAUGUGUGUUACGACCGUAUCCUAUAGUUUCCUGGUAAAUGGGACACGAAGUGAUUCACUAAUACCAACUAGGGGCUUGAGGCAAGGGGAUCCGUUGUCUCCGUACCUUUUCAUAAUUUGUGCUGAAGGGCUCUCGAUGUUGUUACAACAAGCACAAGGAAGGGGUUUAAUACAUGGAUGUAGAGUAGCAAGGGGUGCCCCGCCUAUCUCACAUCUUUUCUUUGCUGAUGAUAGCUUAUUAUUUUUUAAAGCAACUGUGCAGGAGGCAAAUGAAAUUAAAGCAUGUCUGGCUCUAUAUGAAAAUCUGUCUGGGCAAGCUGUUAAUUACCAUAAAUCCAGUAUAUGUUAUAGUAAGAAUACGACAGAGGUGACCAAGGAAAAUGUGGCGCAAGUUUUGGGGGUGGUCCAAACACCUAACUAUGGGAAAUAUCUUGGGUUGCCAUCUUUUAUUGGAAGAAAUAAGAAAGCGGCAUUUGCUUAUAUAGAGGACAAGAUAAGGCAGAGAAUAGGAUCUUGGAAUAAGAAACUAUUGUCACAGGCAGGGAAGGAGGUCUUAUUGAAAAGUGUGGCUCAGGCUAUGCCUACUUUCUCAAUGAGUGUUCUCUUGUUACCUACUGCUAUCUGUACGGCUAUUGAGAGAUUGAUGAAUAGAUACUGGUGGGGCUCAGGGACUGACCGAAAAAUCCAUUGGAAGGCCUGGGAUAAGUUAUGUAUUCCAAAGAAAUUUGGUGGAUUGGGUUUUAAAGAUUUAAGGGCUUUCAAUGUGGCACUAUUGGGAAAGCAAGCUUGGAGACUUUUGACUAAUACAGAUUCUCUAGUUUCAAAAGUUUAUAAGGCAAGAUAUUACCCGAAACAACAUUUUACUGAUGCGAUGCUUGGGAGCAACCCAAGUCACUGUUGGCGGAGCAUUAUGGCGGCGAAGAGCUUAAUUUGUAAUGGGGUAAGAAGACGAAUUGGGAACGGAAAUUCUACCUUGGUAUGGGGACACCCAUGGUUGCAAGAUGAGGACCCUAUGAUCCAAACAGAAAUGCCACCCCAACUGAGUGAUGCCAGGGUAAUCAAUUUAAUUGACCAGGAUACAGGCACUUGGGAUUAUGAUCUGCUUACUGAUAUUUUUGGGCCCAAUGAUGUGGCUAGAAUCCUAAAAAUACCAGUCUCCCCAGAGUAUGAGGAUAUGUGGUACUGGCAUGGCGACCCUAAAGGCAACUAUACGGUUAAACAUGGGUAUAAAUGUAUGUUGGGGAAUUAUGAGAAUAUGGCAAAUGGGGGUUUCACGAAAUGGCUAACAUUGUGGAAACAAAAAAUACCACCCAAAUGGAAAACUUUGUUAUGGAGGGCUUUGAGUGAUAUUCUUCCUACUACCAAUAACUUGCUUAUAAAGAGGGUGGAGGUUGAUCCGGUGUGUGCCAUGUGUGGAGUUGCAAAUGAGAAUAUCAUGCAUGCAUUGGUUUUGUGUGACUAUGCAAGAACCAUUUGGACACUAUCUAACCUUCCAUCUAUAAAUUCUGAUGGUAUUGCCUACGCAGCUGCAAUUAUUUAUCAUUUAUGGAAGGCUCGGAAUGGUGCGGUUUGGGAUGCAUAUUUGCCCAGACCACGACGAUUGCUCGCCGCGGCCCAGGCCGAGAUAGCUGCGUGGCGCCGUGUACAUGCACCAAGAGAAGGAAACUAUACUGCUAUGCCAAGAACCCACGAAACUGCCGCCCCACUGCCUAUCCACGUAGCUGCUGCCCAACCGGCACCAAUACACGGCCCAGUGGCCAGUAUGGCUUACGGAACUGGCAACAUGCAUACGGAGACUCACGGCCCAGCACAGCUAUACCCCAAAUGCUAUGUCGAUGCUGGAUAUCACCAUACGGACAAUGCAUCAACGGUAGGAGCAGUAUUAAUUGGCCCGGAUGGUUGUUUUAUGUCGGCAUAUGCCGCACCUUUGCCACAUUGCUUUUCCCCACUAAUGGCGGAGGCAUAUGCUUUGAAGGAGGCCUUAUCUUGGCUACGCGAACGAGGAGAACAAAAUGUUGAGCUUUAUACAGAUUGCCAGAUGUUACAGAGUUAUAUAACCACGCCGCAACUGAGCACACGAUCAUAUACUGGCUAUGCUAUUGAUGGAUGCAGGAACUUAUUAUCUAUGUUUAAUUAUAGUCAGGUUAAUUUCAUUAUUAGAUCGCAGAAUUUAUUAGCGCAUAGUUUAGCUUCUACAGCUUUCCAGUAUGACACAGCUAUGUAUUGGGAUAUUAUCCCACCUGAUGCUAUUACAGCUUAUCUAUGA